AACCGCCGCCUCGCCGGGAGCCCCUCCCGCCGCCUUCCCCUUCUCCCUCCCUGUCCCUCCCACCGCCCCCGCCGCCGCCAACACCGCCCUUUUGCUUUCGCUUUUUCCCAGCUGACAGCCGGCAGCCCGUCCCGGCCAUGGAGAACGGUGCCGUUUACAACGAGACCACUGAGCCGGAGGCGAAGCCGUCCCGCCGGCGCUCCUUCGGCUGCACCCUGCGGCACCUGCCGGGGUGGCGGCUGCCGGCCAAGGCGGUCCAGGCGCUUUUCUCCUUUGCGGCUGUUAUUUGUGAAGAAAUUGUGGAGGAUUGCAGCAACUGUGGUGGACUUUACUUCUUUGAAUUCACUAGCUGCAGUGCCUUUCUUUUAAGCCUCCUGGUUCUGUGUGUGUAUUGCACUGAUGUAUAUGAAACACUGGGGGAAGAUAAAGUAGAGAAACUGAAUUUUUGGGCCAUGCCAGUCAUAGCUGCCUGGUUUUUGAUAGCAUCAAUAGUGUUUGCUGUGACCAGCUCUGGCUCUGCUAUUGAACAUGCUGCAUGUGUAAGUCUUAAAAUAGCAGGAUUUACUUUGUAUUUAUCUGAUAUUUGGAUUUCUUGCAAGUAUUGCAUUUGUAGUAGAAUUUGUUAUACAGUACAUUCACAGGCGAAAACAAAACGUCGCUGGACAGUCUGAAAAUCCUCGUAACACUCCGAGUGCCACAGAAAACCAGCCACUGAAUAAAAAAACCUAACUUCAAGAAACUGGUUUUUUUUUUUUUUUUUUUUUUUCAAAUGGAGCAAACUUAAAUGAACUUUCAGUGCACUGUAGGUAACAACUUCUGUCUCUUAAUUCUAGUCGAUUUUGUACACGUCGCUCAUCACAAAUUUUGAUAGAUCCUUAGGUCAAGUAAUGGCAUCUUGAGCAUGAUGUUCUGAGGUAACUGGUCCUGCUCAAUGACUAGUCUUGUCACCUGCCCAGGUGACAUGCACUAAACAACCUUGGGUCUAACUAAAAUAACUUAAGGACAACACCCAGUCAAUGUGCUGAUUUGAUUUUGGCAGAGGUAACUAAAAAAGGUUAAUGCCUGAGGCAUAAAUUCUGAGAUAUAGCCUAAAGAUAUUUUCUGUAUAAAUGGACCAGAUGCCUCUGGUGUGAGUUAUAAAUUAGAACAGCAAAAUUCACUUCUGUACUUAGUCAAACUGAAUGUGAAAGGGAUACCUAGUUGGAACCUUACAGAAAUGCUUAUCCUUACUUAAGGGGGGGUUGGGUUUUUUUACUAUUCCUGUGUCUCAGUUCUGUCUGUGGAGAUCAGUUUAAUGGAAUAGUGACUGUAGGGGUUUUAUGGGGAGGGUAAUGUAAAUGGUAUAUUAAGGAGACAGUUUUGCACCCCAUGAUUGUCAAAGUUUGGACUUGUAUGCCAGAAUCUUCUUUGAGAUGGUUUGAAAAGCUAUAAAAGUUGCAGGAAGAAACUUGAAAAGCCAGCUGGGAGAAGAAUAAGAUAAAAAAUUAAAUAUUUUCAUGAAUCAACCCCAAAAGUAGAAGUUAGAAUAUCAGUGGGAAAAACUUUACAGCCCAUUGGUACUAUCCUGGUGAAUGUUGCUUGCAAGGUUAAUACAUAUGCAGCUUGUCUAUGCACAGAUAAUGCUGACUUCUGCCAGAAUGGUUAUGUACCUCACUAUUUUCUGUGUUUAUAAAUAUGUGGCAGUACCUUGAGAGUUCUUGCUACUGACUAGCUCAGUUGGUAAACAGGUAAAUAAGCACUUUUAUCCUCGAUUUGUUUUGGAAGUGACAGUCUGUAGGUCUGCAAGAAACACUACUGAUGUGACAAGUAUCAGACAAGUGAUGGAUGUGUCAGACCAGAUGUCGAUGGCUCUAAAAGAAAUUAAGUGGUGCAAAAGCAUUUUUCAGAUGUCUGAGGUAGAAGCAAGUUGCUACACCUCUCCUAAGAGGAAAGCCUUCAAAAGCAGAGCAAACUGCUGUAAGCCAGGAGAUGUUCCCAAAUACCAAAGCAAAUGAGAAAAAGCUGAUUAUGCAAAAACAAUUCUUGUUUGAGUGCUCAUGACAUUUGCCAUGUCUUCCAGGCAUUAAGUCCAUUUCAUCACUACCCUAGUCUGACAUGUUCAUAGUCCUGUAACCUCUUGUGGCAGCACUGAAACUAAGCCCCCCAGAAAUUGGUUGAGCAAGCUGUAUUUGGGAAACGAAGAAGAAGCCGUUGUAAGACAAAGGACUGUAAUAGCAGGUCAAAGAUUUUUUCCAUUGCUGACACUUUCUGAUGAAUGUGAGUUUGUGAUGUUCUCCCUCUAUGGCCUGAGACUUAAGCCUGACACUACUCUUUGCUUGGAAGAUGUAAAAUUUUGAUGGGUGGUGUGAAGCACCAAGUUAAACCUGUAGUUUGGUUUCAGACCUAUGGAUGAAAGAGACAUUUCCUUCAUAGAAUUUCCUGUAUUGUAAAGAAGAAAUGCUCUUCAGACUGGCUUUUGUCCCCUUGUAUUUAUUAGUCUUCAUUUGCACUAAAACCUGAUCUCAGCAUAGGUGUACAGAACUGUAGCUAUCUCUGAUAACUGUGUAGCUUAGGUCUGGUCUGUUUACAAGUGGUGUUACAGAUGAUACAAAACAUCCAUAGUGAGGAAUAUCUCUGCUAUGAUCUGCAAUGUCUGUCUUUGGGGAUCAUGCCUGUGUGAUUAACAUUUGAAGGGGAGUGUGUCUGGUUUGCUUUGUUAUUGCCUAGGAUUCUACUGAAUUUGCUUUCACAUCAAAAUUAUAGUCUCUAAAUCUUCAUCUGUAAUUAAUAGCUGUAAAUAUAGUGUAAGAGCAACACUGUGCUGCUGAUAUUUAUUAAGCAAUGCAGCACUAUGGCAUGACUUUUAUCCUGAGUUAAUUUUUUCUGUAAUUUUUCUCAGCUCGAAAAUACGUUAGUAGCUGUGUGAGAUUUGCUUGCUUUUUCUAUAGACUUUUCCCCACCUAAAGUGCUGUGUUACUCCUGACCUGGAGAUACUGUUACCAAAAGCGAUCUGUAUAGUAAUCUCUCUGCCUUGGCAGUUUACCUGGCAGUAAUCUGUCACAUAGUAGUUAAAUACUACAAGCAAGUCACAUACUGGUUAUAGGUAUAAGGCAGUUGCUAAACUGUUGCUUUCAAACCAGUUGUUGGCUAACAUGCAUGCUGGUACUGUUAAUCCUAGGCUCCUCAUCAGGUGUUCUUUUCUUAAUCCUAACACCUCAUAAAGGGCUCUUUUUGGUUUUGGUUUUUUUUUUUUUUUUUUUAAGUAGUUGAGAAGCAGGUUUGCUAGUGUGUAUGCUGUUCCCUGCUUCUGUUAAGUCAUUUUCUUAAAUGCUUUAUCAGAUUCCUAUAUCUUCUUAGCUUUCCUUAUUGCUCCUUGCUCCUUUGCCCUUCCAGGCUUUCUUGCUGCAGUGGCUGAGCAGCCUGGUCUUCUGCAGUCUGGACAUGCCCCCAUUGAUGCUGCUGGUGUCAGAUGCUGGCUUUAUACGUCUGCCUUUUAAUUAGACUGAUCUAGAGAAUGCUGUUGGAGCCACAUUAAAUGUCUGGUUCUGCAGGAGCUCUGCAUGUGGCUGGAUGUCUCUUACCCCUCCCAUGCUCUGUCAGCAAAGUGGUUUGCUUGUUUCCCAGCCUGCUUCUGAUGAAAUCUGUCUACCUUAUUUAAACCAGCUAUUUAAAUUGUCUCCAUUAAGGUGGCUGAUUUUGACUUAAGUGGUUUAGGGAUUCUUAAGGAGAGUGGUGGGAACGCUGGCAGAAGUGCUGUUAGAGGCAACUGUCUCAAAUUUCUUCUUCAUUCUGCAAAGUAACCAUCUCUGUACAUCAUAACUGGUAGUAAAACCUGUGGAAAGAAGCAACUGGCCCAGUACAUCUGUCUGGGGAUUGUCUUCUCCAUUCUUCACCACACUGCUUGGCAGUGGUGUUGCAAGCCUGCUCAGACACAUAAAAGCUUCAGUGUUUUCCAGCUGAGCCCAUCCAAAAAUAUUUAAAGGUUCUGCACCCACUUUCAGGCUUUGUUUACAGUGCCUUGAGAAUCAGUGGAGAGGAUUCUCCAGGACGCAUGAGGACUUGUUCAGUGACUGGACUGUGAGUUACUGCUCUGAAAAUGUCCAUCGGGCAUUGUAUAGAUUGUGAACGUUAAUUUUUGUGUUUGGCAUUUAGCCUGCAUUAAAAUCACAGUGCUACCAGUGCCUUGUGGUUCUGAGUACAGGAAGGAAUUGUGCCUUACUGCCUGCACUCUGUGCUUCACAACAGCAGGGAAGGGUUGUGGUGUGUUACAGCUGAGUUCUACCUUUGCACCUUCCAACCUGGAAGAGCAGUGAGGGAUCUCACGCAAGUCUCAGAGCUCAGCACAAGAUGUUUUUGCAUAAUGGCUGUCAUGGUAAUCCUCAUUCAAAUUUGUGCAAUAAAAAUACCAAGCUUUCUACACUGAAGGAAAUAUUUUAUGAAAUUUUUGAAUGGUUCUGUAAAAUUCUAAUGAAUCAAGAUGCUGGUGGUGCCUUUAAGAUGGAAAUUCAUCUCUGUUUUAGUCUAUUGCUGUAAACAUAAGCAGUUUGCUUGAUAUUAAAUUUUAUGCUGGUCAGAACUUAAGUGAUUUUUAAUGUUUAUUAAAUCAGAAUGAUGAUGCAAUGAUUUUAUGUAUAAUAAAAAUUUUAUACAGUUUUG